GCGACAACAGUCAGAGGGGGGAGGCAGAAGCGCCUCCUCCCCGCCGGGAGCCGGGGCUGCAACGCAGGGGGAGGAAGACGCCUCACCUAGCCCCCGAUGAGGGGCGGAUCAUGCCAUGGCAGCGCUUGCGAACGACAGCGGCGGCAGCACCCAGAGCCGGAGCAGCAGCCUCGGGAGCCGGGAGGGAGUUGGGGGUACUGCGGCGGGAGCUCGCGACGAUGGGGACACCGCACCACCCGCGGAGGACACCGUCUCUGGGCCUCGCGGCCGCCCAGGCCUCCGCGCCCCGGGAGCCUACGAGAGCUGUCAGAACUGCAAGCGUGCAGCGCUCACCGCCGGCUGCGUCUGCGUGGUCUUCUCCUUCCUUUCCAUGGUGGUGCUGCUGUUCACCGGUCUCAUCUUCGUCAACCACUACGGCGGUGGCGGGGGUGGGGGACCCCCGGGCAGCGGUUCGUCCCCCGGUUCCGUCCCAGCUCCCGGAGGAUCGCCCUCGCCCUCGCCCGUAGGACCCAUCUGUUUGUCAGUGGCUAGCAUCCUGGCACUCUUCUCGGUGGUGGUCACCUGGAUCAUCUGCUGGCUCAAGUAUCGGCCCGAGGGGGCGGCCGCGGGCUCGGCAGCAAGUGGCGCGAGUGGCUCCAGGGCGCGGGCAGCCGCAGCUCCCGGCAGGAGAAGCGACAGGUAGAGGGGGCGACGCACCCGGCUCCCAUUGCGUUGCCUGCCCUGAGAGGCCCCAGAGGACCUGGCUUCUGGUCCCAGAGGACCUCAGUGCGCUGGGGUUUCUGCUCCCCCUCCCCUUUCGUCUGUGACCAUGGGCUAAUGCAGAGCCUCAGUUUCCCGCCUCUCUGUCUUUCUGUUCCCUACUUCAUUGGGCAAGAGGGUUACUGGUGUGUGUGGGGGGAGAGGGGGUCUCUUUUACCCAGAUCUCUGCAUUAUGUGUCACCUCACCCUGGAGUGUGUGGCUGUCCCUUCCUAAAAUCUGGGGAUGUGCAGAAAGCGGAUUGCCUCUAGCGCGUUGGGCUUGAAUUGCCUAAAGGAAGACUGAUAGCGACGUAAAUGCAAAUAACCUUUCUGCAUCUCGAAGAUCCCCGGAGGGGAGAAACUGUCCGCCUCUGCACGCAGAGGGGUGCGCGUCUGGACCUACUUAGGACUGGUCGGCCUCUGAGCUCUGCUGGGCAGGUGCUCAGCGCGCGUGCGUGUGCGUUCCAGGCCAUCUCUGUUCUCCCUCAAGCUGGCCAGCACUAGUUGGUGAUGCGUUGCUUUCCGCCUGGUGGCUGGAGCCGAGCCCAGAAGUCCCAUCUCCUGGAGGCUUGCGGUUGUUUUCUUCACAGUGCUACUGCCAGGAAAGUCAUUUUCAUCUUCUGGAACCGGACUCGACUCAGGGAGCUUAAAGAACUUGACCUCCUUUCUCUCAAAACUGACUGACUGUUGCCCCCACCUGGAAGAUAAUGAAAGCUAUUUACGCAGAGCAUAAACUAUAGGCUUUCCCUUUUCCUGUGACCUUCCCCCCCAUUUCACUUAAAAAUAAUUUAUUUUUGAAUAUAUAAGUCUGGAGGUUUUGCACACUGAGAUCUCUAGAAGCCGUUUUGAGCGGUGUCACGUCUCUGUUACCUCUGAUUCAAAUGCAUUUCAGAACCAGAAGCCGAAAAAUCAAGGAGUGUUAGUAAUUCAUUCAAGAUUUUAUACUGUGAAACAACUUUCAGCUCUAUGAAAACAUAGACUAAAGCCCAAAGAUGAAACUGAAAAGUGUCUCCGACUCUAAUGAUUAUCGAGAUAAUGUACAUUUAUCAUAUCUUGAGUUUGGCUUUCUGCUGUCAUGGAAACCAUUGAAAUGUCCACACCUGAUGGGGGAAAAUACAUAUCGACCUGAUUUUGAGACUAACGGGAGUGAUUUGUGAGUGUGUACUUGACAUGGUGUAGCUGCCUUUUCAAAAGAAAAACAUGGAUCUAAGUGUAUUUUGUAUGGAAACAAAUGUUCCUUCUUUUGGAAAUUGGAAAGAGAUAGUUUUCAUAGUUUGAAAAAAAUCAGAGAUGUCUCUUGGGGGUGUGUCUUUUUUCCUUGUGUAUUGUGUCGUCUGCAUGAUGCCCUGACACCAUCUUAUUAACUGAACUCGAAUGAAGCAUUUAUAUCUAUCACAUGAACAAAGUAAUUUAUUUGCCGUCCAUAAGUAGCGUGGCUACCGUUUAGGAACCACAAUAUGGUGUUGUGUUAGAUGUCUAUGUUGUCUGAAUAAAAAAUAGGAAGUGUUUGUAGAAAAUCA